CUCUCCACCUGGGGCCUCGCUUGCAUGGAUAUUUUCGUGGAUGAGGAAACUAAAAAUGCUCGCUACGAGAAGAUCUGCUAUCUUGGAGAGGGACAAUUCGCUAAUGUAUUUCUAGCCAAGGAUCUUAAUAGAGGUGGUUAUCUGGUGGCCAUUAAAAAGGUAGGUACCUCUUACUACAUUUAA